GGUUCCGGGUGCGGGCGGCGCGCGCAGCAGCCCCCCCCCGCGCCCCCAGCCCAGCCAUGAGCGGCAACGCGACGGCUCCCAGCGCUCCCAGCGCUCCCAGCACGGGCGACUCGCUGGUGGGCUCCGUGCUGGGCCCCUUCGUCUUCCUCACCCUCCUGGGCGCCGUCGUGGCCGCGGUGAUGUACGUCCAGAAGAAGCGGAGCACCCCGUCCCCGCUGAGCGCCCGUCCCCGCGCCAGGGCGGAGCGGCUGCGGCACCGCCUGCUGCCCAUGUACAGCUACGACCCCGCCGAGGAGCUGCACGAGGCCGAGCAGGAGCUGCUGGUGGAGGCCGACGACCCCCGGGUGGUGCCCGGCUUGGGGGGCCGCGGGCAGUGGAAGGCCUGAUGCUGCCCACGGGGCGGGGGCCGGAUCCUGCCGCCCCCCCGCCCCCCAACGCUGGAGGCACCGGAGGACGGCGUCGGCAUCAGCGGCAGCAGGGGCGAUGCCGGGGGGGGGGGGGCGUCUCCCGCCUUCACGC